CCCCCGUGACGUCACUCCCAGCAUCCUCCGCACAAUGGCUUCUGUAAAGAAGCUGGGGAAAGAGGGUUUUUUUAGGCCAUGAAAAAUAGUGAAAAAUAAUUUCCAAAAUUUGGGAAAUGCAGCUGGCGUGCAAAAAGUGACGGGAAAAAGAUGCGGGGCGAACGGCGGUCAGCAGUGAUGUUCAACAACACAUCCUGGUCUCCUGCUACGGGAGUGAUGGGGACGGGCUGACUGGAAGGGAUUGUUGGUGAAGAUCUGGAAGGGUCGGGUGUAGGCGUGGGCCGAGACAUGACCAAGGCCAAACAAAUCUAAGCUGGUCUCCCCCCCGUUGCUGAAGCAACCUUAACUCUGGACGCAACAGGUAUCUGUCAACUGGAAGUGAUCAUAAUACAGAGACUGAGAAACCACAGGAAAAACACUUUGUGGCCUGAAGGUGGGUAGAGCCCUGUGUUUCUAGGGGACUUGGCCAAUAAGGCUGCCAUGGCAGCUCUUGCCUCCGCUGACCUAAGUCAAAUCUCAAUAACGGAACAGACGGAGAAUGCUUUAGAAGCCAAGUGGAAGGGGAAGGAGUCAAAACCAAGGAGAGCCCUUGAGUGCCUGGUGUGCGGAGCCUUCUUCAGCAGUCUUGACAAACGUAAAGUUCAUUCCUACUCUCACACAGGAGAGAGGCCCUACAAGUGCUCACACCCGGAGUGCACUAAAGCCUUUGUGUCCAAGUAUAAACUUCUCAGGCACAUGGCCACACAUUCACCGCAGAAAAUACACAAGUGCACCUACUGUGAAAAGAUGUUUCACCGUAAAGAUCACCUGAAGAACCACCUUCAGACCCAUGACCCGAACAAAGAAGCCUUCAAGUGUGAAGAGUGCGGCAAGAACUAUAACACCAAGCUGGGCUACAAGCGCCACCUGGCUCUCCACGCCGCUACUAAUGGCGACCUGACCUGCAAGGUGUGUCUGCAGACGUUCGAGACCACCGAGGUCUUGCUCGAACACCUGAAGACCCACUCGGGCAAAUCGUCGGGUGGGGUGAAGGAGAAGAAACACCAGUGCGACCACUGUGACCGGCGGUUCUACACGCGCAAGGAUGUCCGGAGACACAUGGUUGUCCACACGGGCAGGAAGGACUUCCUCUGUCAGUACUGCGCCCAGCGCUUCGGGCGAAAGGACCACCUCACCAGACACAUGAAGAAGAGCCAUUCGCAGGAGCUGCUGAAGAUUAAGACUGAGCCGGCUGACAUGAUGGGGCUGAUGCACUGCAGUCCACCCGUGACGAUCAAGGAAGAACACACUCCCAUGAUGUGCAUGGCUUCUAAAGAGACGGCCGGGAAGCCGUUCACCAGUCUGCCAAUGAGCAUGUACAGUUCACACAUUCAAGCCAUGACAAACUCAGGCUCGUCGCACAGCCUGGUAGCUAGUUCUCUAGCGAUGGGAAUGGGCUGUCAGAUGGACACGGCGUCAUCCAUACAUUCAGCACCUCAACCCCACUCUAAGUAUCAGAUUGGAUCUACCUCAUAUGCCACUGGCUUGCCCGACAAGCCAACAAAAAUUGAGAUGGAAAGCUACUUAAUGGACUUGCACAGCAGUUUGCCACUUUCGUCCCACGAGUCGGCGCCAGCAAAGGUCGGCUUAGAUUCCCAAAGCGGAUCUCUGGACGACAUGUCCAGUGAGCAUUUGCUCUCCAAAGGCCCGGCUAUAAUUACUGAAUCCCUCUGCACAGCAAACAUGGAUUUCUCCCAUUUGCUGAGCUUUUUACCACUGAACCACCCGGCGUACAACGCUCCCGUCUCGGCCGGGGGCCUGGUGAUGGGUUACGCACAGAGCGAACCCCAAUCCUUGCUCGCCUCCCUCCAGCCGCAACUGCAGGACUCCCAGGGAUCAGGGAACGGCCUUAGUCUCGGGCCCCUUCACCCACUGUCCCCAGUCUUCACCUCCAGCCUGAGUACGACCACACUGCCACGUUUCCACCAGGCCUUCCAAUGACCCGAUGUGGGAUUUACCGUUGAGUAAUCUGGGCUCGGGGUGGAGUUUACUCAAACGCGCACAACCUUCGCAAACUCGAAAGGAAGCCAACGCUUCGAUGAGGCGAUUUCCGUUGAAACAUAAUUAUUGGAGUUUAUUAAAUCCGUUAGCAACUGGGGCAUUCACAAACUAUGAACCUUUUGCUUUCUACACUCUUAACAUGGAUAUAAAUUCACAUGGGGACGGCGUAUAUCAGAACUCAGAGAAGUGGAUGAGUUUUAAUGUGAAAAUUACUCCCCAGCUCGCUAAAUGCUUCAUACGUUUAUUUUUUUGGUCGACAUUCAUUGGAGAUCUGUUACAAAUGUAAAGUAUUUCCAUAAGCUAAAUGUGUCGGAAGGAACUGCAGAUGAUGGCUUAAACCAUAGGCACACAAUGCUGGAGUAACCCAGCGGGACAGGCAGCAUCUCUGGAGAGAAGGAAUGGGUGACGUUUCAGGAUGAGACCCUUUUUCAGAAGAAGGGUCUCGACCCAAAGCAUUCCUUCUCUCCAGAGAUGCUGCCUGUCCCGCUGAGAGACUCCGGCGUUUUGUGUCUAUCCGUGAGCUAAAUGUCUGAGGGGUAGAAUUCUUGGGAGAGGUUAGUGAAGGAUGGGAAAAAUUAAUGUAGUUAUUAUGACAUAAUGCAAAUACGUUAGCCUCUGCUUGGCCAGCUGCCCAAAUUGUGCUUUUUAUAAAGGAAAUAUUCCGCCCAGAAUAAGGCCUCUAAGUAACGGGAGCUUUUUGCAUGGUCCGAUUGUGCCCAUAAUGUGAAUUGUCAAAAUAAUCUUCCACAAAUUCAGACACUUUGUACAUACUGACUUGCUAAUUCUCACAUUGUCAUUCAAAAAGACAGAGCAUAGAUAUUGCUGUAAGUAAUAUCAGUAGGUAUAUGCUCUCUUAUUUUUAAAUGGUAGCAUUAACCUAGUCGAGGCAGGUUAACAUAGCAUUCAGAAACAAUCCUUAUGGACACUAAGUUAAGACUGUUCGUAACAAUAAUACUAGCCUUAUUUUAUUAGUUAGAAUGGCACUUGUCAUUCUGGGGUUUCCAAAACCUGCCAUGAUUUGAAUCCUAUUUAUUUUUUGAUAGGAAAGCACCGGUUUUAACUUUCAUGUCAAACAUUUCUUGUGUCGGUAGCCGCCAUUAAUUUAUAUGUACACUUUAACCCAUGGUCGAUGCAUUAAUAAAAUUACCUUCCUUACUCUGUUGCACUGAGCGACCACACAGCAAAUCUGCGGAGAGUUUUGAACAGUAAUGUUAGCUCCCUUACGACACAACAAGAACGGGCAAAAGGUGUUUCUUAAAAUAAAAGUCAGUGGUUAUGAAUUCUGCUGCUGAUUUAUAUAGGGUACAGAUUAAGCACCUCAGUAAUAAUUUGCUAAACCAAGGAACACUCCUCCCUUGUGUUAAGUACUGAAAAUGCAAUUCUCACCAGAGGUAUCAUCUGCCAACAGUAUUUAAAGGAAAAGACAAGGUAGAUGGCACAGACAGUUUCUUACAAAAAAAGGUACGCACAUCACACAGCUAGCUGUUUGAUCAACGUCUGAUGCUGAUUUUUACACGUCUGGGUUUACUUUGCUAACAUUUACUGCCGGUUUGUUUUUUUGCCUCCAGAUUUGUAGCACAAUUAAAAUAUAGCUUUUUGAAUAAAAUGUAACGUCAUAAUAGCCAGUAUGUAAAUCUGUGUGUGCUGGAGUUUCCCUUCAACACUAAUCUUCAAGACACACUGAACAUGCCCAACUCACACCUUAUGGGGAGGUAUCUAUCAGUGGCUUAAUUAUAACGCAGUUGCUUCUAAUAUUUUAAUCAUCCUGCCUUUUACACCCGAGUAAUAAUCCAAAAAUGUUUUUGUUUAUCCGUUUAAACCCCAAAUGUAUCUUCAAAAGACAUUAUCUCUGUAUAAAUAAUAUAAAGCAUAUCUUAGAACAUGUAGCUCCAAUUAAGUAGUUCAACACAAGCUAAUUGAAUUCUUAACUGUUUUCUUCAAGAGAGCAUUGUUGGCUUGUAGACAUAGUAAACUUUAAAAAAUCACUGAAUAUCUCUAAAUCUUCAUUUAGUGAGUAUGUACUUUGAAAAUAUUGUAUCUUUUCCUUGUAUUUAGGAGCUGCGAGAUCUAGAAAGAAUACAGAACAGGGUGUUUGAUUUAAGAACACCCGUAUUAUAUUAAGUCAGGGUCUCAAAAGAUUUUUAUGUUGUGCUUGUGUUUUAAUGUAUAGAUUUUAGUCUGUUACUACCUUGCCUCUCCUGACAGUGCCUUAUUCUGGCCACUUGAGGCUUGGAGCUAGUUGAUCCAUUGUUUCUGUUUGUUUUUAAUUGAGAGGACCUCUCAAAGACACAACACACCACCUCAUGUAUGUUUGUUGCUAUCGAACCUAGGAGAAAAACCAAACCAGGCUUACAAUGAAUAGAAAGGACAUCCCCACACCUGCAUUGAAACGAUGUUUUACUGCUGAUUGACCUGCAAAAAAAAAUUUCAAAUUCUCCAGUCUGAAGAAGGGUUUCGGCCCGAAACGUCACCCAUUUCCUUCGCUCCAUAGAUGCUGCCUCACCUGCUGUGUUUCUCCAGUAUUUUUGUCUACCUUCAACUUCUCCACAGCUAGUUGUUGUCAGCUAAAAGCUUAACUUGUGAAACAAACAUAUGUAUAAAAUGUGGUCUUUGGGUAAUUAGGGCUGAAUAAUAUCACUGCCAAAUGAUUGUAUCGAGGAAUUCUUAUGGAAUUUCCUUUAUUGUCGAUCAGAAUGUGGGUAAAUGGUCCCAACAAUACGACAGUACUUCCAGUUUUCACUCCUUUGAGAAGAAACUAAUAUGAAGGCACAUGGUAUGAACAGGAAAAUUUGUAAAUUUUGUGCCAUGCUUCAAUCAUCUUUGCAACAAAACUGUUUCCGUGGCCAAUAGUUUGGAAUGAAAUGUGUUGAGAAUUGUGCUUCCCGGUGGAUGGCUAAUUCUCGGCUAUCCUUAAUGUCUUGUACUAAGGACAGCACGGUGGCACAGCUGAUAGAGCUACCACCUCCCACCGCCAGAGACCGGGUUAGAUCCUGACAGCGGGUGCUGUCGGUGUGGAGUUUGCACGUUCUUCCCAGUGGGUUUCCUGCCACGUCCCAAGACGUGCGGGUCUGUAAGUUAAGUUAAUUGCCCCUAGUGUGCGGGGAGUAGAUGAGUAAAUGACACAACAUAGAACUAGUGUGAACGGGUGAUCGAUGGUGGUUGUGGGCCGAAGGAACUGGUUCCGUGCUGUAUCUCUAAACUUAAAAAAAAAAAGCUGACCACCUGGCAGAUUAUCCAGACAAUUGGACAUUGUUCCCAACACGUCUUCAAUGCAAUCUUUUUAGAUGCUGCACAGUAUUACAAUACAUUUGCCAGUAAGUUUAACCAGAGAGCAGGAAAUAUCUCCAAUGAGCCUCAAUGCCCAAUCUUUGGGAUUUUGGAUCGAUCACUUAGAGGAUUAUCAAAAUGUUAUUGCAAAAACGAAAUAUAUAUAUAUUGGCACUGGUGAAUAACUGCACAGUGAACAAAUAUUAUAUUUCAUUGAACUUGUUUCCUGUGUUCAUCGUAAGCCUCUCGGCUGGUUAUUUUACUAUGUUCUAGCACUUUCAGAAAUCUUUAUGGGAGAAUAUCUCUUCAGCACCAUAAACUGCUAAUUAAUCUUUUAUAACGUGCCGUUUUGUGAGAUGUUUUAGUAUUAUGAUAGAGCAUUACAAUGUUUUUUUUUGUAUUACUACCAUUCAGCUGCUCGUUCUUUGAUACUUGGGAUAUCGGAUGCAUAAAUCAACUUUAUUGGCUAAACUAGAUUCUCACCUGAAUCUUUUUGUUCGGGCCUGAGAGGUGGAGUCGCCGAUUUUUAAGAAUUGCUUACAUUAUUCAAACGUUUAUUAACCAUAUUUCGGAUGCGUACAAGUUCAGUAGUGAUUUAUACAUCGGAUAACCCAAAAGUCGAUGUGCUUCCAUAGUUGCACAAUUUCUCUGUAUUUUGUACAGUUCUUUUACAGUUAAGAGUAUCAUCUAUAUUUGUACUGAUAUUUUCGGACUGAAUGAAAGCAGAUCAAGGUAAAGAAAUUUGCCCAUUUUAUAUUUUUUCAAAAAAUAAAACGUGCCUGCUCCAAACUGAAGUGAAUUAUAACUUGGGGAACGUAGGCACACUCAUCCUGUUGGUAUUUGCUGGAUAUUUUUCUGCUUUGGAUAACCGAGGACUAGAACUGUUCUGCUUUCUCAGAAAGCACUAAUCCCUAUCUUAAUCUACCGUGUGCCAUGAUGACUCACCUAGGACUAAAGUGAAUGUGCAAUGACAAUUGACGUGUGGAGUACACACACACACACACACAGUCAACAGAUCGUUGGUUAAAGUCGGAAAGAACUUCAAUCCAUUUCUGUCCUUUAUACAUUGUAUAGUAAAAUGUUGUUGUUUUUUUGCUGCAUUUUGUUUUUUAAAGUUACUCCAUUCUGUCAUGACAGGAUGUUUACUGCAUAUGGUAAUCAUUAUUUUUAUAUAGCAUUUUAUUUACAUACGACUGGUAUUUGUACAAAUGUAAUUCAGGUUAAGAGCAACAUCAUCACAUUUUUACAGGACCGUUUUCAGGUUGCUGCAGCUGAAUUUGAUGGACAUUUAUUGGUAGACCCAAAGAAGUACGACAGCAAACAUAUUUUACGUAUUGUACAUUAUACAUUGCUUCCAUGUUACUUUUGAACAAUUAAACAAAGGAGCUUGAACUGCUAA